ACCUGUGGCCUGAGACUCGCCUGGGUGAACCUGGCGGUCGGCUUCUGCUUCGCCUCCGUGCAGCUGCCCACCUGUGAGGGACGGUGUGACUCCCGGUCUAGCUCCAGUGCCUGUCUCCCUGCCUGCCUGUCUCCCUGCCUGCCUGUCUGUCUCUCCUGUGUGGGUCCUGAGACACCAGCGGGUUCCGGAGCACCAUGGGUGUGGCCACCAAAGAACCCCGUGAGCCUUGCUGCUCCAAAUUCAAGCUGUUCCUGAUGUCGAUGUCGUUCGUCUACUUUGCUAAAGCGUUCGGGGGCUCCUAUAUGAAGAGCUCGGUCACUCAGAUCGAGAGACGCUUCGACAUCCCCAGCUCCAUCAUCGGGGUCAUCGAUGGCGGCUUUGAAGUUGGUAACCUGCUGGUCAUCGCCUUUGUGAGCUACUUCGGGGCGAAGAUGCAUCGUCCACGGCUCAUUGGAGCAGGAUGCCUCAUCAUGGCCGCCGGAUCAUUCUGCACCGCCAUGCCACACUUCCUUCAGGGACCGUAUAAGUAUGAGACGACCAUCUCCCAGUCUGUAGAGGUCAACUCUAGCCAGACCAUCCUGCCGUGUCUCAGCAGUGCGGAGCAGGCCAAGGAGGACGAGCCACCGUCCGCUCUGAACCAAGCAGAGUGUGAGAAAGCAUCCGGCUCGUCCAUGUGGAUCUAUGUGUUCAUGGGGAACAUGCUACGGGGCAUCGGCGAGACUCCCAUCAUGCCCCUGGGGGUGUCCUACCUGGACGACUUCGCCCGUGAGGAGAACACGGCAUUCUACCUGGCCUGUAUCCAGACGGUGGGGAUCAUGGGUCCCAUGUUUGGUUACCUUUUGGGGUCCUACUGUGCAAAAAUCUAUGUGGACAUCGGCACUGUGGAUUCAGACACGGUGGCUAUUGACCAUAAGGACUCACGCUGGGUGGGCGCUUGGUGGAUGGGCUUCAUCCUCACCGGUGGCAUCAUGCUGCUCGCCGGCAUCCCCUUCUGGUUCCUGCCCAAGUCUCUGCCCAAGCAGGGCCAGAAACAGAAGAAGACCAGCAAUGGAGUGGCACUCGAGGAGCAGGCCAACUUCGUGCCCCAGGAGGGUAAUAAGGAGGCAGCCGCUGCCGCCAAAAUGGAGACGCCUUUCUCCAUGGCAGCAAUGGCUAAAGAUUUCCUGCCCUCGCUGCGUAGGCUGUUCAGUAACUCUGUGUACAACCUCAUCAUUUGCACGUCCCUGGUGGCCGUCAACGGCUUCAUCGGAAUGAUCACCUUCAAGCCCAAGUUUAUGGAGCAGACGUACGGACAGUCCCCCUCAAAGGCCAUCUUACUCAUAGGCAUGUUUAAUCUACCUGCGGUGGCUCUGGGCAUCAUCACGGGCGGCUUCAUCAUGAAGCGCUUCAAACUGACCGUGAUCGGCGCAGCACGGAUCUCGCUCACCGCCUCGUUCGUGUCCUUCUGCCUGAUGCUGUCACAGUACUUCAUGCAGUGUGACAAUUCUCAGGUUGCAGGGCUGACUAUCAACUACCAGGGUCUUCCAGAGCUGUCUUAUGAGCAGAGCUCGCUGCUCUCCCAGUGUAACCGCGGCUGCUCCUGCUCCAUAAAGCACUGGGACCCAGUGUGUGCCCACAACGGCAUCACCUACGCCAGCCCGUGCUUGGCAGGGUGCCAGACGUCCACCGGACUCGGAAAGGAGAUGAUCUUCCACAACUGCUCGUGUGUGUUAGAGGUGGCAAUGCCCCCUGCCAACAUGUCCGCCACCCUGGGUCAGUGCCCGCGCAAGAGUGACUGCGACACCAUGUUCAAGUGGUACAUGGGUGUGUCGGUGGUGGGUGCGUUUGUGUCUGCCUGUGGAGCCACACCUGGCUACAUUGUCCUGCUCAGAUCCAUAGCUCCUGAUCUGAAGUCGCUGGCUCUAGGGAUGCAGACGCUGAUAGUCAGGACCCUUGGUGGUAUCCCCCCACCCAUCUACUUUGGAGCGCUGAUCGACCAGACGUGUCUGAAGUGGGGAGUGAAGAGGUGUGGGGGUCAGGGGGCCUGCAGAAUCUACGACACAGAUGCCUUUAGGUCUCGUUUCCUGGGCCUGAUCUACGGGCUGUACGCUCUGUCCUACCUGCUGUGGGCCGUGCUCUACCGCACCCUGGUGAAGCAGCAGCGGAAGCUGGCAUUGAGGGCCCUGGCCAACGGGCAGGGCGAGGGGCAGGGGCAGGGUGCCAAUGGGUUGCCCAAGGACAGCUGCCCCGACGGGGACCAGAGCAAAGAGGAGCUGAAGAGUGAGACCUCCAUCUGAGAGGCUCAGAGGAAAGACUGGUACUUAAAGGUGUAGCGUGUAAGUUUUAUAUUAUCAAAAACAAAACUGUUGACAAGUGGACCAUGAGAGGGACACUUUCCUGCAUCAUGUUUGUCAACUAUACAUUUCUGACAGAAAUAUGUACAGUAUUGCAUCAUACUGCCAAGUAGGCUACUCAAAGUCUGUCUGGUUAAAGACUGGUUAAUUUCCAUACAUACCUUUGCUGUUGCUGUUGCUGUUGAAGGUCAGACGAAGAGAAAGCUGGGUUUACAUGAAACGUUUUCAUGCACAUAGUGCACUCAUUUGACUACAUUGAGAUUUACUGAAAUGAGUGCACAAUCCAAAAAUGAGAGCACCAUUUAGUAAAACGAGCCCAACAAUUUAGUAAAACGAGCGCAUGUUCUCUUGAUAUACAAAGCCAAUCGCGCCAUGACACUUUCCAGGCCCCAUAAGGUAUAUUACUGUAUGUGCAGCAGACUAUCAGGAGGAGGGCAUAGGGACCUUCUACAAAGUGCAACACCCUGUUGUGCUGCUGCUUCUUGUUUCUGUGAAUAAAAUGUGGGGAAAUAAUUCAAAUGAGCACACUAUUUAUUAAUUAAAACAAGAACUCGAUUUUGUAAAAUGAGCGCAUGAUUUAGUGAAAUGAGCACAUCAUUUAGUAAAAUGAAUGUGAAUUUUCUAUACUCUUCUUUCUAUAUAAAAAAUCUCGUAAUCACACCUCCCAGGCUCUGAGCAUUCUGAUACCGUAGCUGAUCAGAACGCCUCGAUUAUGAGAAUGUCUCAAUCAAAUCAAAUCAAAUCAAAUUAAAUCAAAUCAAAUCAAAUGGUGCUUUAUUGGCAUGAAUGAGUAAAGUCACUGUUGCCAAAGCUACAAGUAUAACAUGUUAAUAAUCAACUUUACAUAAGUAUUGUUAUAGAGAUAAAAUGAAAUAAGUAAAAAAAAUAUAUAUAAUAAUAAUAAUGAAAGGAUAAAUGGUAAAUGGUAUUAAAAGGACAGUAAUAGCUUCAGCAAUAGUGCUAUACUGUAGGAAAAAAUAGAAAUAAAAAAAAAUGUAUUAUUGUAAACACAUAUUAUAUGCCUACACUAGCAGAUACAUCUACAUAAAUCAAUUUGAGGUAAAUAGUAAUACCUAAUAUCAAACAUAGUAUUUACAUGUACACAAAGGGGAUAAACUCAUCAAUAUGCCACAUACAUGAAAGUUACAAUUUUUCACUUGUUUUAUGGCAGGUCAUAAUAUAAUCUGCAGCUAGGCAUGAACAGUUUGGUUCCUCUCCCAAUAAUAUAUAUAGUUUUCUUUGUGGAGAUAGAUUUUCAAAUUCUGUUAUAUGCUUUUUGAAUUCAGCAGAAAAAAUGUCCCUUAUAGGUGCAUAUCUGAUGCAAUUAAGAAGGAAAUGUUCCUCGUUUUCUACAUCAUUUAUACAGAAGCUACAGUUCCUCAUAUGUCUAGGCACCCAUGUUUGUCUAUGUCUACCAGUUUCAAUGUGUAGGCUAUGGUCACUGAUUCUGUAUUUUGUCAGUGUUGUUCUUUUCUUUCUAUCUUUGAUGUCAUUUAAGUAUACAGUAAUUUCUGUGCAGGGUUCUGUAUAUAUCAAGUUUUUUUAUUUCUUCCUUCCAGAAUUUAGUAUAAUGCAUCUGAUUUGUGUUGCCAAUUUCUUUCAGUAUAGAUUUUGUCAUGUGACUUAGGUUGUUUAUGUUAUUUUUGUUUGCAAUUUGGAAUAAGGGGUCACACUUCUGGGUAAGGGACUUGUGCUUGAAAGCCUUAUGGUGGUAUGUGCCAGCAUUGCUUUUUGCCAGAUGUAACCAAAAUUUGGAGGCCCUUUUGUCGAUGUCGAUAAGUAAAGGGAACCUCACCAACUCAGAGGGGCAGGCCAAGUUGGAUGAUGUUCUAUGUACACCCAAGACAUCUUUACAGAUUUGUAGGUGCAGUAACUCAGUUGGGCCCUUAUCCCACUUUUUAUAAUCAAGCCCGUACAGGGGUCCCCAAAUCUCACUGCCAUACAGAGCAAUAGGCUUGAUAAUGGAGUCCAUAAUCUUGAGCCAGAAUUUAGUUGGUGGAUUGAAUUUAUUAAGCUGUUUUUUAAUUAAGAAAUAUGUCCUUCGUGCUUUGUCAGCCAGGUUUUUUGAUGCCAGAUUAAACCUUCCUGAUGAUGUUAUUGUAAGUCCUAAAUAGUUAUAAUGUGAUACUUGCUUUAUGGCAGUUUCCCCAAUUUUAAAAUUGGUUUCUUUUCCUGAUUUUUUUUUUGAAAAACUAUUAUUUUUGUUUUGUCAGUAUUAAUAGGUAAUGCCCAAUUUUUGCUAUAUGUUUCGAGAAUAUCAAGGCUUUCUUGUAGACCUAUUCUUGUUUUCAGUAUAUUACAGAAAAUGUUACCAAGAACACUCGUGACACAGAUCCCACGAUAGUUAUUUGGGUUCAUUUUAUCACCAUUUUUAUAUACUGGGGUUAUCAAGCCUUGGUUCCAUACCCUAGGAUAAUAUCCUGUUCUCAUAACCAGGUUGAACAGUUUGAGGAUUGCUUCUCUUGUCAGUGGAGUACUAUGCUUAAAGCAACACCAAAGAACUUUUCCUCUGUCAAACGCACUAUUUGUUUAUCCAGCACCGGCUUUGCAAAUAACAAUGUCCACAGACAAGGUAGAAUAUGUUGCAUGAUUUUAUGAA